AUGACUUGGUCAGCAGAGGAUAUCUCACCAGUCCUCUCCAUCUUGUUUGCAACCCAGGAGAUCACCCGGCAUCUUAAGCAUUUAGCCAAUGUCACCCUGGGCUAUAGCAUCUAUGAGGCCGCUUUUGAUGUCAGGACAACUGCCGAUGCCAUGCUAGACAGUAUUCCAAACUACAGCUGUGGAAGACAGAAUAACCUGUUGGCUGUUUUUGAAGCAACUUCUUCUGAAAUCCCCAGCCAGAUUUCAAGCAUGUUAGGCAUCUACAAAAUGCCCCAGAUCAGUUUUGGCUCUGCUGCUCAGGAUCUGGAUGACAAAACCCAGUUCCCUUUUGUCUACCGGAUGGUCCCCAAAGAAGAAACCCAGCACUUGGGGAUUAUCAAGUUGUUGCUACAUUUUGGGUGGACGUGGAUCGGUCUCUUUGUUCCAGACAAUGAAAAUGGAGAAAGGUUCCUGAGUGUUUUCACCCUUCUGCUGAUCCGCAGUGGGAUUUGUGUUGCUUUCUUGGAAAAAAUUCAUAUUUCGACCCUGGGACAAAUGUCGUCCUUACAUUGUAAACCAUCUGAUUUGAGACAAGUCAAGGUGUUUGUUUAUUAUGGGGACUCUGAGCACAGAAUUUAUCCAAUUGUGAUGUUACAAAGAAUUCAGGAAGUGAGGAAAUCUCAGGGGAUAGUCUGGAUCACAACAGAUCUUCUGGACAUUGAUGAGAUGUUGUUUGGUGGCACAGAUUACUUCCAGCCUGCCCAAGGUUCUUUGUCCUUUGUAAUGAAUACCAAAAAACGGACAGAACAUGGCUACUAUACUCCACUUUCAUUUGAAGCUAAAGCUGCAGCUGCACAGUUUUGGUCAAGAGCAUUCAGUUGUACAUGUUCAAACAGUGUGCUAUCCGUGGAGGGUUGGACAAGAUGCACAGAAAAGGAACCGCUGGAAGCAUUGUCCCAGAAAGAGAUGGGGGAAAUCUGGUCUCAAGACCGCUACAGCACUUACUACGGCGUCCAGUUUGUGGCCCAGGCCUUAAAUGUCGCAUAUUCAUCCAGAUCCAAAUGGAUGUUAAUGGCGAGUGGAGGAGACAGAUUGGAACUUCAAAGACUGCAGCCAUGGCAGCUUCACACUUUCUUGAAAGAAAUUUGGCUUUCCAAUUCAUCCAUAGGAGGGAUGUAUUCUGAUCAGAAUGGGGAGCUGACUGCCAACUUUGAUAUCGUGAACUGGGUCGUAUUUCCCAAUAGAUCUCAGAGCAGAAAGAAAGUCGGGAGCAUCGAGGGACAGGCAUCCUCCGGCAUAAAAUUCUCCAUUAAACCAGAAGCCAUUGUGUGGCCUGGGAAAUUCAGCAAGGUUGUGCCUCAUUCAAGAUGCACUGAAAGCUGUCGCCCUGGAUAUGCCAGAGUGGCUAAAGAAGGGGAGGCCGUUUGCUGCUACGAUUGUGCUCCUUGUGCAGAAGGGACCAUCUCCGUUCACGAAGAUGCAAAGCAUUGCACCAGAUGCCCAGAAGAUCAGCAUGCAAAUCAAGCACGAGACAAAUGUGUCCCCAAGACUAUAACAUUUCUCACUUAUGAAGAACCCUUGGGGAUCCUCCUGGUGUCCUUUGCCCUCUUCUUGUCCUUGACCACUGGCAUUGUGAAAGGAAUCUUCAUUAAAUACAUGGAAACUCCCAUAGUCAAAGCUAACAAUCGGGAUUUAUCCUAUAUACUCCUCAGCUCCCUCCUGCUUUCCUUUUUUUCCUCCUUCCUGUUCAUCGGCCGGCCAAGGAAAGUGACCUGCCUUCUCAGACAAACAGCCUUCAGCAUCAUCUUCUCAGUUGCUGUCUCUUCUGUUUUGGCAAAAACCAUCACUGUGGUGCUGGCCUUCCUGGCCACAAAGCCAGGGAACAAGGUGAGGAGAUGGCUGGGGAAGAGUCUGGCCAACUCCAUUGUCCUUUCCUGUUCCAGUAUUCAGGUUGUCAUCUGCAGCAUCUGGCUGGGAAUCUCCCCACCCUUCCCAGACUCCGACAUGCACUCCCAAGCUAGAGAGAUCAUCCUUCUAUGCAAUGAGGGAUCUGUUGCCAUGUUCUACACUGUCCUUGGCUACAUGGGCUUCCUGGCUGCCAUCUGCUUCACUGUGGCUUUCCUAGCCAGAAAGCUUCCCGGGUCCUUCAAUGAAGCCAAGCUGAUCACCUUCAGCAUGCUGGUCUUCUGCAGUGUUUGGGUGUCCUUUGUGCCCACCUACCUGAGCACCAAGGGGAAAUACACGGUAGCUGUGCAGAUCUUCUCUAUAUUGGCCUCCAGUGCUGGGCUUCUGGGCUGCAUCUUCCUUCCCAAGUGCUACAUUAUCAUCCUCAGGCCUGAUCUGAACACAAAGGCACAUCUAACUACAAAAAGUGAAGGUGGUAGUGUCUGA